CAAGGCGUUCCAAUUCCAGGCUUGGAGAAGCAACUCCAAAUCUUCUUCUUAGGUCUCUUUUCUCCACAUUCUUAGUCUCUCCUUUUUCAAUCCAAAUUCGACUGAUAACUUUGGCUUCAAAUCCAAGAAGCGAAGAGGAAAAAUGGUUGGAGCCUCCCACAGCGCCGGCGGUAUCGCCGCCAGAUCUGAUAGAACUGCAACGAUUAAGUUUCUAUGCAGUUAUGGCGGCAAGAUCCUUCCUCGUUAUCCGGAUGGCAAACUUCGUUAUCUUGGCGGUGAAACUCGUGUUCUCGCUGUUGAUCGCUCCAUUACUUUCUCUGAACUGUUGUUGAAGCUGGGACAGUUGUGUGGAACAUGUGUGAGUCUUCGUUGUCAAUUGCCUUCAGAGGAUCUGGAUGCUUUGGUAUCGAUAACCUCCGAUGAGGACCUAGCGAAUCUCAUUGAGGAAUACGAUCGAGCAGCAUCGCCGCCGUCUUCUUUGAAGAUCAGAGCGUUCCUUUCACAGCCUAAAUCUGUGAAAAAAAGUCCUCUCUCUUGCUCCUCGGCCUCUUCAUCAUCGUCGUCGUCCUCAAAAUCUUCGUCUCCGACAACUGCUGCGUCCUCUCCAAGGAUCCCGACGCCGGUUCCUGAUCAUUGCUUCCACCAGAUCCCAACACCAGUGAGGUUUUCGUACCGUCUCAAGAACUCUCCGUCCAAGGUUCCUCACUGCUCAUAUUAUCCUCAAGGGAAGCCUAGCCAUGUCUACCUUAUCCACAAUGGAAAUCACUGGCAAUAACACCAACUAGAAUGAACGGAACCAAAGCAAACAUAAAUAUAAGAUAUAACGAAAUAGAAGAUGGAAAUUUCAAGCACCAAAAAGGAUGUAUGAUGUAAGGAGACUGUAUAAGUCGCUAAGGAUUGGUUUUUGAUCCAUUAGCCAUCAAUGAAAUUUGGUUCUAUUUCGUUUUGCAGCCAUAGCUACUGUGACGGGUUAAAGAGAUGACCACAUUGGAUCAAACUAUAAGUUGAAGACUAGGGACUGCAGCUGCGCUUCAGCAACUGGCUGUACAUGUGAAGAAAAUCUGGUAUUGUUCGGAACCAGAGGUCAAUCAGUGACGGCGUUUGCUCUGUUUUCUGUAUCUUCUUUCCCAAUCACAGGUACACCUUUCUUCUUUCCCAUUCAUUAUAAAUGAAGUAGGACAAGAGCAUAGUCUGGAAAGUUGGGGGAAAAUAACACCAAAAUUUAAAGACCUCAAAUAGGGAGUAAUAUAAUGAUAGUAGUAGGAGCAAGUUGCAAGCUCCUAUGGCGUGGCGAUUACGAUGGGGUUUGAUUUGUUUGUGUUAGGAGAUUGAAUCAAUACCAUGACUGAAAAUUGGAGGAAAAAUCCAAAGUUGACAGCAGGAACAAUGGCUGAGAAUGAAUUUGGGGGACCAUGAUGAGAUUGAGAUCAGGAUCAGUUCAACUAAUACCGAAUGGAAAAUUUUAAAAAGAAAAAAAAGAGGAGGACGGGCCCCACCCCUACCAUUAAAGAUAAAGACUUCUGGGUUACCGAAUCUAGUUGUGUCACCAACAGGGAAACCGAUAGGAACCAGUGGAAGGGAAGGCUCUGGAAA